AUGGGUCCAUGUACGGCCUCCCAUUGCUGCUGUCUCCAUCGCCACACUCUGCCAUGUGCCACUUUCAGGUCUCCUCACACUGCUGGUGGUUUCCAUUUUUGUUUGCAUAGGGUGCUGUAUGGCCUCCCAUUGCUGCUGCCUCCACCGCCACACUGUGGCUUGUCCACACUCUGGUUUUGGCCCCUUGUGACUGCCCAAAUGAGUGUGUAAGUGUGCGGUGUUAGAUUCUAAGAUCGACGGGCACUCAUCUGCAUGUCAUAUACUGACUGACAGUAUUAUUUCUCUUCCCCAGCAGGACUCCAAGGGCAUUUAAAUUAAAGGUACAGUGUUCUGCACUAAUAUAA